GGCCGAUGUUUCGCGUAGUGAAUCCGCGUGCGCAACGUGCGCGGGAUCAACGACGCCCGUGAGGCCGCGCGUGCCGAUCCGGCGGACCACAGUGCCCGUCGACCCUUGGCAAAACGACUACAAUGCUGCCGCUGCUGCUGCGACCGUCCGUCGCGGUCCCUUUACUCGCCGCGUUGGUCUGUCGCGUCGCCGCGAAAGAUGCGGACCGCAUCGCUAUCGUGGGCCUGUUCCCGUCCGAGGGCUCGGUGGAACAGAUGGCCUUUGAACUGGCCGUGCAAAAGGUGAACUUGGACCCGGCCCUGUCGGAUGACGUCAAACUCGAGGGCCGAGUGGAAAUCGUCGACGUCAACGACGGUUACCGGACCGGUCAGAAAGUGUGCGAUUCAAUCGAGUCGGGCGUGGGGGCCAUUUUCGGUCCUCCGGGGUACGAGGCGUCGGCCAUCGUCCAGUCGAUAUGCGAUUCGAUGGAGAUCCCGCACAUCGAGACCCAGUGGAAAAUGAACCCCAGGCAGCGGCCCAACUACUACGUGAACGUCUACCCGGACCCGGUGGUGCUGAGCCGCGGGUACACGGCCAUCGUGCGCGACAUGGACUGGACGUCGUUCACGCUGCUUUACCAGAGGGACGAAGGGCUGCUGAGGCUGCAGCACCUGAUCCAGGACUACUCCGGGUCGACAAAGCUGUCGGACGCCACGCAGUCAGCCAUCGCCAUCAUCAAGCUGCCGGAAAACAACGAUUUCCGACCCAUGCUCAAAGAGGUGAAGAAAUCGCUAGAAAGCCAUAUUGUUUUGGAUUGUGACAAAGACACCAUAUUAAACGUGUUGGAACAAGCCGAGGACGUGGGUUUGAUGGACGAUUAUCACAGUUUUAUUAUCACUUCUCUGGACGCGCACACCAUCAACUACGGUCACUUGCAAUACAAACGUACCAACAUCACUGCGGUGAAACUGAUCGAUCCGUCGAGCGCAACGGUGACGAGUAUAAUGGAAGAUCUGGAGUUCGUCCAGCAGAGGAUGAAUUUGAACAUGGAAGUGUUCCACGCGGACACCAUUACGGUGGACGCGCUGUUGAUGUUCGAUGCGGUCAACGUGUACGCAAAAGCGUUGCGCGGCAUUGGCGGCACCAAAACGAUCAAAGCCGAACCGAACAGCUGCAGCAACCGGUCGAGCGCAAGUUGGUCUUACGGAUAUGGGCUCAUCAACUACAUGAGGGUUAUAGAAGCCGAUGGCCUUACGGGCAAACUACGAUUCGACCAAGAUUCUGGGUACAGAAAUUAUUUCACAUUGGAAAUGGUGGAGCUGACCAACACGGGGUUCAGGAAAAUCGGGGUCUGGGAUCCACAGAACGAAAUGUCUUACACGAGGACUAGAAAUCAAAUGUUGGACGACCUGGUGAACGCGAACAUGAACAAAACGUUCAUUAUCGCAUCGAAAAUCACGGAACCAUACAUGAUGCUGAAACCGGAUCAUAAGGAUCGCACGGGCAACGACAAGUACGAGGGUUACGUGGUAGAUCUGAUACAGAUGAUAUCGGAGGAGAUCAACAUCACGUACGAGUUUAAACUGAGGAACGACGGUAACGGUAAAAAAGAUAAGAAGACUGGCAAGUGGGACGGACUCAUCGGCGAAGUACAGGAACUGAGAGCUGACCUGGCCGUUUGCGAUCUGACCAUCACGCACGAGAGGAGGACGGCGGUGGAUUUCACAACUCCGUUCAUGAAUUUGGGCAUCAGCAUUUUAUUCAGUAGACCGAAAGAACCGGAGACCAAUUUGUUCUCUUUCACCCAGCCGUUAUCGUUUCACGUGUGGAUAUAUACGGCGACCGCAUACUUGAGUUUGUCCGUCGUCCUUUACAUACUGGCCAGGAUCACACCCGACGAAUGGCAAAAUCCUCAUCCGUGCAGCACGGAGCCUGAAGAACUCGAGAACUCGUUAUCGUUGAUCAAUUGUUUGUGGUUUUCGUUGGGUUCCAUACUGUGCCAGGGUAGUGAAGUGUUGCCGAGAGCUUUUUCGACGAGAGUAUGCGCGUCCAUGUGGUGGUUCUUCGCAUUGAUCGUGACCCAAUCGUACACGGCUAACUGGACCGCGUUCCUGACGUCCAGUAGAAAGGAGUCGGCGAUCAAAAGGGUCGAGGACCUGGACAAACAAUCCGCUAUCAAAUACGGAUGUGUGAGGGGCCAGUCGACGGCAGGGUUCUUUGAGAACUCCGACGUAAACCUCUAUCAAAAAAUGUGGAGCGUGAUGGAAACGUACGGCGACACCGUGAUGAUGUUCGACAACAAGCAGGGUGUGGACCGAGUGAAAAAAGAGAGAGAAGCUUACGCUUUUUUCAUGGAGUCCAGUACGAUUGAAUACGAAGUGCAGAGGAAUUGUGAUUUGACGGAAGUAGGCGCGUGGUUGGACAACAAAGCUUACGGGAUCGCAAUGCCUUUUAAUGCUCCACACAGAACGAGAGUCAGUAUGGCUUUGUUGAAACUUUCUGAAUCCGGGAAACUAAUGGAAUUGAAAGACAAAUGGUGGUCGGUAACAGAAGACAAAAUGUGUCCGAUACCAAAAGACAAUUCAGCGGAGUUGGAUGUAAGUGAAGUGGGAGGAAUGUUUGUCAUUCUUAUUUUUGGAUGCCUGUUGGGAUUCCUAUUUUCGUUGUUGGAAUUCUUGUGGAACAUUCGGAAAGUUGCGGUCGAAGAAAAAUUGUCGCUGUGGGACGCGUUCAAGCUGGAGCUGAAAUUCGUGUUGAAAUGUCACCAAUCGAACAAACCAGUGCGGCACACAAAAUCGGAUGAUCAAUCUUCGGAAGGCUAAAAAAAAAAAAAAGAAUUAAUUAAAUAUAAAACGAUAUAAUAUUGUAAUCUUGUAUUUUUGGAGCGUGCAACAGCAACAGCGUCUUGUUACAUGUGCAUUGUAUUGGACAAUAUUAGUUAUAUUAACAAUGAUGAUAGUAACGAUAAACGAAAGUAUAUCUCUAUAA